AUGGCUGGAGAAGAUAAGAAAGAUCCUCCCAAGUCCAUUGAGGACUUGAUGAAGCUUUUGUCUAUGGGUGAAUCGUUAAGCGAACCCCAACAGAAACAAAUGAAAGACUAUAAAUUUUGGAAAACCCAACCAGUUCCUAGCUUUGAUGAAAAAGUUGAUUCGGAGGGACCAAUUGACCAGACUAAAACACCAGAUGAUAUUCCUGAUAAGCCAUUACCGUUGCUUAGUGAUUUUGAAUGGAGCACAGUUGAUUUAGAAGAGAUUGAACAAUUGGACGAAGUUUAUAAGCUUUUGUAUGAGAACUACGUUGAAGAUCAGGACGCAACUUUCAGAUUCAAAUAUUCUCACGAAUUCUUUAAUUGGGCUUUGAAACCUCCAGGAUGGCGUAAAGAGUGGCAUGCCGGAGUACGUGUUAAAGAAACUGGAAAGUUGGUGGCAUUCAUAGCUGCCAUUCCUAUAACUUUGAAAUUGAAUAAAUCUCAAAAGGUUAUUCCUAGUGUUGAAAUUAAUUUCUUGUGUGUUCACAAAAAGUUGAGAUCAAAGAGAUUAGCACCCGUCAUGAUUAAAGAAAUCACCCGUAGAGUCAAUAAAUGUGACAUUUGGCAAGCGUUAUAUACUGGCGGUGUCGUUUUACCAUCUCCAGUCGCAACUUGUCGUUAUACACAUCGUCCAAUAAAUUGGUCCAAAUUAUACGAUGUUGGCUUUUCUCACUUGCCAGCUAACCAAACCAAAGCUGGAAUGCUUGCAAAUUAUGCUUUACCAAGUGCUACUAAAACCCAAGGUUUACGUACUAUGAAAAUUGAGGAUUUGGAUCAAGUCUACGACUUAUUACAUAAAUUUCAAGAGAAAUUUGAUAUUGUUCAGGUAUUUGAAAAGGAAGAACUUUCGCAUUGGUUAUUAGGUGGUAAAUCAACAGACUCCUCGUCUAAAGUUAUCAAGAGUUACGUUGUUGAAAACUCUGAAGGCAUCAUAACCGAUUUCUUUUCGUACUAUUUAUUGCCUUUCACUGUAUUGGAUAAUCCAUCGCACGAUGAAUUAGGUAUUGCUUAUUUGUACUACUAUGCUUCUGAUGCUGCCUUCAAAAAUGAGGAUGAAUCAGUAUACAAACAAAGAUUGACUUCUUUGAUAAGCGAUGCCCUCAUUACUUCUAAAAAAUACAAUGUUGAUGUUUUCAAUUCUUUGUCUUCCCAAGACAACCCAUACUUCAUCAAAAAUUGUAAGUUUGGAAGUGGUGAUGGAUUUUUGAAUUAUUAUUUAUUUAAUUACAAGACUUGGCCUAUAGCUGGAGGAAUUGAUCCUCAAACCAAAGAAAUCGUUGAAGAUAAGAGUAGUGGUGUUGGUGUUAUUUUAUUGUAA